UUCACAUUCAGCUGCAGGGAGCUCUUGAUCUUUUUGAUUUCCCUGUUUCUUUUCUUAACUGAAAUGAGUUUCCUUUUGUAAAAAUUUCAGUAAUUAUAAACCCUUUUUAUUGGGUUUGUAAUUUUUAUUGGGUUCGAGCCAUGGGCUCAGUUCAGAUCCUCGAAUCCGCUUUAUGGUUCUGGGCUUCUUAAUCUGUCUGCUUAUUUUCACCGCCCAUCCCGUCUCCGAUCCCGGCGGCCGCCUACUAUAGACCAACAUUGCCAUCAAAGUCAACAUCAUCAACCGAUCAUCGAAUAGUUGUUACCAUCACCGCCUUUACGGAGUCGCAAUCCUCCAUAAGAAGAACAAAAUUUUCAUUUGAAUUUUGAUUAUUUAUAAUACGUAUAAUACAAAUCAGAAAAACCAAAAACCCUUUCAACUAAAACCCCAUCAAAUUCCCUCUCAUUUCCUUGAUUGUAAUUCUCAUCGUUUCGUAUCUCCGAUUGGGAUUUUCGUCUUCUUGAAUUUUCCUCCGCGUCUAUUGAGGGAAAGCCAAAGAUCUCGCCUGUCUUAGUGUUUUUGUUAUAUCUUUGAGGUUUUUGAAGACGUAUUAACAUGGAUACAACAAAGGCACAGAGUAGCGUGCUAGCCUUUUCAGAUUAUACAGUUCUUCCUGUAAGUAUGGUGAUAAAUGCAGUUGGGGAGCUUGCUAAUGAAGGAGCUGAGCGAUGUGAUCCUCAAGUUAUCACUCAAGCAUCGUCUCUAAGUAAUCUGCCAGUGGAUUCUUCAUCUAUGGAUGUUGUCAUUUCCAUAAGUAGGUCACUACAAUUUCCCAGUGACCUCCUGUUCGGGGAAAUUUCAAGAGUGUUGAAGCCUGGUGGCACUGUCCUGAUUUGCAAGAGUCUGCAGUCUGUUGCAGAGGAGACAGAUAAGGAAAUACUUACUCUUGAGCGCAAGUUGCUGUUGGCCGGUUUUCUAGAAACACAAGGUCUCCAAUUGAAAGCUGUUGGACUAUCUGGAGUUGUUCAAUCAUUUGGGGUUAAGGCUAAGAAGCCUUCUUGGAAGAUUGGGUCAUCUUUUGCUAUUAAGAAGUCCACAAAAGGUUCAGUUAAGGUUCAGAUUGAUGACGAUUUGAUUGAUGAAGAUAGCCUGUUGACUGAAGAUGAUUUGAAAAAGCCCCAGUUACCAGCUGUUGGUGAUUGUGAAGUAGGAAGUACAAGGAAAGCUUGCAAAAAUUGCACAUGUGGCAGAGCUGAGGCAGAGGAGAAAGUAAAGUUAGGACUAACAAUGGAUCAGCUGAACAAUCCUCAAUCAGCAUGUGGCAACUGUGGGUUAGGGGACGCCUUCCGCUGCAGUACAUGCCCUUACAAAGGCCUCCCACCAUUCAAACUUGGGGAGAAGGUAUCACUGUCUGGAAACUUCCUUGCUGCAGAUAUUUGAAUGUGAAGAAAUUGGAGUUGGUUUACAAUUCAACUAAAAGAUGUCUUGUUGGUUCUUCUGUUUUGAAUGGGUACUUCAGCAACUUUCGUUUACAAUCAUUGAAUUGUCAUGGAUAAUGAAUUAGGCAGAGUUUUUUUUUUCUUCCCCUUCAUUCCUUUCUUUGGCCCUAUUCAGGAAUAUUGGCUAUUCUGUUUGGCAAUACUAGUUGCUUAGUAAUCA